AUGACCACCUCAAUUCAGCCCAACAUCCACACCAUAUUCGAGCCUACGACGUGCACUUGGCAAUACAUAAUUGCCUGUCCUACCACUUCCCAUGCUGCUAUCAUCGACUCUGUCCUCGAUUUCAAUCCUAGCAGCAACACUAUCUCCACUACAACCGCCGAUUCUCUCCUAUCCCUCGUCGAGGAGCACAAAUAUACCAUCUCCCACGUACUCGAAACUCACGCUCAUGCAGACCAUCUAACUGCAUCCUACUACCUAAAGCAACGCCUCUCUCCGUCCCAGACCUCUUCUCCCAAGAUCUGCAUCGGCAAACGCAUCUCCACUGUUCAAUCAACCUUCGGUGCCAAAUUCUCCGUCCCACCCCAAGAACUUGAAAACGUAUUCGACCACCUCUGGGACGACAACGAGAAAUUCCAAAUCGGAGACUUGACUGCAGAAGUCUUGUAUCUACCAGGCCACACCCCAGACCACGUCGGAUACAAGAUCGGCGAGAACAUAUUCACGGGAGACUCGAUCUUCAAUCCCGACAUUGGGAGCGCGAGGUGCGAUUUCCCCGGUGGUGACGCGAAUGCUUUGUGGGGGUCUAUGAAUAGACUUUUUUCGUUGCCAGAGGAAGUCAAGUUGUAUACCGGACACGAUUAUCCGCCAGCGGAGAGAGGAGAGAAGGAGCUGGCGUAUACGACGGUUAGGGAUCAAAGGGAGAGGAAUAAACAUGUCAAGGUAGGGACGAAGGAGGCUGAGUUUGUGAGUUGGAGGAAAGAGAGGGAUAGUGGGCUGGGAGAGCCGAGAUUGUUGAAUGUGGCGUUGCAGAUUAAUGUUAGAGGGGGGAGGAUGCCGGGGGAUGGGAUGUUGUUGUUGCCUGUUAAAGGAGAGGGGGAUUUAGUGGGGAUGAUGAGAAGUGGGAAGUUGUGA